AUGGCUGAUGACGAUGACGAAGGAGAGUUCGGUGGCUUGUAUGAAGACGGCCAUUGGGUUUGGGAUGAUAUUUUGCAAGCUUUGGUUUUCGUAAGCGAUCUCCCGGAAAAAGAAGUUGAAUUCAUUCAGAUUCCGAUCAAGGCACCUACCGGGACAAUUGAGUUUAGAGACGAUGUUGAUCUAAUCGAGCAGAUUCGCUUCAGGCGGCGUUAUCAAAGGAAACUGAAACCAGGGCAAGCUGAUGUUAUAACAUUACAGGAUGUAAAGGAUAUCGCUUUGUUCACUGCGCCGGUUAAUAUAUUGAGCCCCAUGCUAAUAAAUUUAUUGCAUUUACCUACUACUGAAAGAUUCAUACGAGCGCUUAUUUUUUACAGCCAGUAUUAUUUACAGAUUUCAGAUGAAAUGGGGAAACGUAUUUUAGAACAUGACGUCAAAAUUCGUACGCCACAAAGUGAGAUUUUGGAAAACGAAUUUCGAGAUAAUUUAUCGGAUUUACGAUUAUUAGUUGCCAAGGAAUAUAGCACAAUGCUCAUAGGUGGUGGUGAUACGCGAAAAUUUCAUCAUAUGGGUCCACAGAAAAAAAGGAAAUCAUUAUCGGACAAAGAUGCACGACUUUUUGAAACCUUGUUGCGAAUGUGCGUCCAAAUUGUCUGGUUGGCUUUGGGGCGCAAGGCUUUUAAUCAGAUAGAACUGGAAAUAAAUAGAAUAUUUAAGUCGGAUAUAUUCAAUGCUGUGGAGCAUAAUUUACGCACAGGAUAUUUGUCGAAAAUGACAAAAGAGGAGCGGGAUGCAUUGCUAGGUUAUUGUAUACGCCGUGAUAAGAAGUUAACUACGCGCUCACCAUUAUCAAAUGAAGUGUUUUGUCAUAGAGAUAUAGAUUUUCGCACGUUAGGUCUUGGAGUUGUCAAGUAUUUGCAAUUGCCGCCAAGGCAAGCUUACAUGAUGCAAACUAUAGCAGGUCCUGAGGAAUCGCUCGUUGAACUUGGAAUAGUUUUGGGAAUUAUUGGAUUAUCUCGAUCGAAAUUUGAUACCAUGCUAAGACCUUUGCCAACGGUUACCGAUACUGCGAAAUCGAAGGUUUCCAUGUCUUCUGUAAGUAUUCACAGUUCUAAAAGCCUCAGCUCCUCAAAAAAAAGUCAAAUAGUGCUUCAAAAGUUGUACGAGGAUAUAGUGCUGCCGAAGAAGGAAACAAAAAUAUCGUAUUUCCCGCCACAUUUUCCUGACCAACCAGCUGAUAUUCGUCUGUGUAGUGAAGAGCAACGACUACGCUGGUUGAACCGACUUUCAAGGCUUUUGAAUCCUCAUAAAAAGACACGCUAA